AUGGAGGCAAGGACCACCAACAGCAGUGUGUUCUUUCUGGCUGAUGAGCAACUGGUCGACUUUGAUGUUUCUCUGUCACCUGCCAGCUCCAAAGGUGAUGAAUCUGAGGAUGAGGUGUUUGUGGCCCAGCAGAGCAGCGUCUCUCGGCCUGACUGGGCGAGCUGGAGUCCGCUGACCGGAGACCAGCUUGACGUCAUCUGUGAGGAAGCUCAGCGAGUAGCCAACCAGCUGCAGCAUGCUGAGCCCCACCGGACCGGACCAGAGCUGCCCCUGAAGCAUGCCGAGCCCCACCGGACCGGACCGGAGCCGUUCCUCCAGGACGCCAACGCCAAACUGGACUUCUUGGGUCAGCCGACGACGGUGCUGAGUCCCAUCAAACGUGAAACCUUCUGUGUGCAGGACAGUCCAAUGAAGCUGCUGCCCCCCGCCAUCCAGCGGCGCCUGCAGGGAGGAAACACCGCCUCCUCCACAAGCACCUCCUCCUCUACCAGACCCAGCACCUCCUCCUCUACCAGACCCAGCACCUCCUCCUCUACCAGACCCAGCACCACCUCCUCUGCCAGACCCACCACCUCCUCCUCUACCAGACCCAGGAUGGCGCUGAGAGGAAGGUCGGGGUUCGGUGUCGUGCUGCCCAGUAAACUGGCCGUCCCGUCAACUUCCUGUCAGACCAGAACAGAGAGAAGCAGACUGCAGCCACCCAGCAAAAUGGCGAGCUCUCGUCCCUCCAGCCGAGCCGGGUCAUGUGAAGAUCUCCUCUCGGACUCAGUGAGCGACUCCUCGCUCAACUCGAGCAUGCUGGGAAAACGCCUGAUGGCCCCGCCCACUAAGACUGUGAAGAACCAGUCGGGGGUGAAAGCUCCGCCUCCUCAGAGCAGGAGGGUGAUGGAGAGGAAGAACACCUCCUCCUCCUCCUCCUCCGCUUCCUCCGCCUCCUCCUCAGCGUCUCCAGCUGCAUCUAAACUGAACUCAUCUCUGAGCCGCCGUCUGAGCGGUUGCCCCGCCCCCGCCAGCAGACCGGCCAAUCAGAGCAGACCUCACCGCCCCGUGGCCGCCGUGGACCCGCCGGCCGGCCGCCGCUCGCUGUCCCUGCAGAGCCGCAGAUCGUCUGAGGCCGGCCGCUCCACGCCGCUGCAGCGGGCCGAGGCCACGCCCAGGACCGGCUCCGUCAGCGGCUCCGCCCGGAGACAGAGCGGACUGAAGAGCUUCAUCCCCCCCACACCCAGCGGAGGAGUCAGAGCAGGUCGCCAUGGAGACGGUGUUUCGACUCCAGACGUCUCGAAGUCAGUGAGGCCAAAGAGGCUGAUGUCACUGAGCGGCGUGGACAGUCUUCCUCAGAGGCCUGCGGGUCAUGUGACGCCCUCUGCUGGAGGCGGGGGGGUGCGGCGGCCCUCGGCCCUCCCCACUCCGCUGAGACGCAGAGUGUCCUCCAUCCCUGUGGCCACGCCCACCCACCAGCCCCUCCCCCCGCCUCCCAGCUACAGGUGAGACACUCAACUGGAGCCUGUUUCCAUGGCAACACCUGUAGCCUGUUUCCAUGACAACACCUGUAGCCUCCCCACCCCCACAGACACACAGGAGGCGGAGCCUGUCGACAUCCAGCCCUUCUCAUUGGAGGAAGAGGAGGAGGCCCCUGCUGCCCCGCCCCCCACCACUCCACAGCCCGACCAAUCAGAGAGCAGGGAUCCUGGAUCGCCGACUCAAGAGAGCCAAUCAGAGUCGAGCAAGAGCCUGAUCGAACUGGAGACGACUGAAGAGAAGAAGAGUGAAGAGGUUCUCCUGUUGGAUCUCACUCCUCCUGCUCCUCCUGCUCUGCAUCCUGAGGAGAAGCUGCUGAUCGACCUGACCAACACCCCCGAGCCGCUCCGCCCCGCCAGCAGCAAGACCUGCUCCUCCAAACAGCUGAUCGAUCUCAGCUCUCCGCUCAUCAAAUGGAGUCCAGAAGACAAGAAGGAGAACACGGUCCUCAUAAACCUGUCCUUCUGAUCCUGGACCCUGAACACCUGGACCCCGAGCACCUGGACCCCGAGCACCUGG